CCAACGCUCCUCCAACCUUCGAAGGUUGCGCAAAGGAUCCACACUUUUUACAAAUGGAGUACUUCAGUCUCAAGCGAUCGACAGCCGCCGAACGCGGUGAUGCCAACCUCUCCAGCAAGGUCUAUGUUCGAUCAACGAAAAGUGGCAAGGUUCAAAAAAUAGUGAGAGAGCUGUACCUACGACAAGACAUUCCCUGCUCGUCGAACCUUUGCAGAGCAUGUUUGGAGAUUGCCCCGACUGAUUACAAGAAGAAAGUUGCACCUUUCGUUCUAUCAGACACGCCAGCAGGAUCAAACGACUUCCCAAACGGCCAGUAUCUUGUGCCGGAUACCAAUGCCUUUCUCACUGGAAUGGAUCUGUUCGAGGUUGAGACUGCGUUCCACGAUGUCAUCGUUCUUCAGACCGUCCUAGAGGAAGUCAAGAACCGCUCAUUACCACUGUACCACCGCUUGGUUGCCCUGACCAAGAACGAAGGGAAGCGCUUCUAUGUAUUCUUCAAUGAAUUUCGGCAAGAGACGUACGUCUCGAGAGAUGCCGGUGAAACCAUCAAUGACCGCAACGAUCGAGCUGUGCGCAAAGCCGUGCAGUGGUACAAUCACCACAUCAAAGAGGCGGUUGCAGCGCGAAGCGCGAAGCAGAAGCGAAUUCCUACCGUGGUGAUGAUCACAGAUGACAGGGACAACUUACGAAAAGCAAAAGCCGAGAGUGUUCCUGGCAAGACAUUGUCCGACUUUGUUUCUGGACUGGAGAAUUCCGAUGAGCUAUUGGACAUGAUCAGCGCCGCACAAGAACAGAGAGAAGUUCGAUCGAAGAAGGCAGAAGUGUUUUACUCAGAACACUAUUCUGUAUCAAAGAUGAUGACUGGUGUGAAAGCCACUACAUUGCAUCAGGGCAUAUUCAACGUCUCCCCGUACAACUACUUGGAAGGCUCCGUACACGUGCCAGCUUUUGACAAGUCGCUUCUUAUCCUGGGGCGAGAGAACAGUAAUCGAGCUGUGUCCGGCGAUGUUGUGGUUGUGGAAGUGCUGCCGCAAGAUCAAUGGAAAGCGCCAUCAACGAAGAUCAUCGAGGAAGAGACGGUAAACAAGAACGACAAUGCUGAGGCUGAAGAGGGCGAAAACGUCAUUCCAGAAAGGGAGCGACGAGCCCUGCAAGAGGAGGUUAAGCGGGUUCACGGUCAGAGCACAGAAGGCAGACCACAACCAACAGCGCGCGUUGUAGGCAUCAUUAAACGGAACUGGCGACAGUACGUCGGCCACAUCGACCGCGACUCUGUUCGAUCUGCGUCGAAAUCUAGUAGACAGCAACAGACAGUGUUCCUGGUACCAAUGGACAAGCGUAUUCCGAAGAUUCGCAUACGGACACGGCAGGCUGGAGAGCUUCUGGGUCAGCGUAUUCUGGCGACUAUCGACUCUUGGGACAGAGAUUCUCGGUACCCAGUGGGCCAUUUCGUGCGAUCACUUGGUGAGCUCGAGUCGAAAGGAGCAGAAACUGAGGCCUUACUUCUGGAGUGGGAUGUGCAGUACAAGCCGUUCCCUAAAACAGUUUUGGACUGUUUACCAGCCGAAGGCCAUGACUGGAAAGUACCCGCUAGUCUCGAGGAUCCCGGUUGGACAGGAAGAAAGGACCUUCGGGACCUCUUGGUCUGCAGUAUUGAUCCUGUGGGCUGCGUCGAUAUCGAUGACGCUCUUCACGCUCAGCAACUACCGAACGGAAACUUCGCAGUGGGCGUACACAUCGCCGACGUGUCACACUUCGUCAAGCCGAACAACGCCAUGGACAAGGAAGCUAGUCAACGUGGUACCACGGUGUAUCUCGUUGACAAGCGCAUCGACAUGCUGCCGAUGCUGUUAGGAACCGACCUUUGCUCGCUGAAACCAUAUGUUGAACGAUAUGCAUUCUCAGUCUUGUGGGAAAUAACACCGGAUGCGGACAUUGUGUCCUCUCAGUUCACGAAGUCGGUCAUCCGUUCGCGAGAAGCUUUCAGCUACGAAGCAGCGCAGUUACGAAUCGAUGAUAAGUCGCAACAGGAUGAUCUCACCAAAGGCAUGCGGACACUACUCAUGCUCUCGAAGAAAUUGAAGCAGAAGCGAAUGGACGCAGGAGCCCUGAAUCUCUCUUCGCCAGAGGUCAAGGUGCGAAGUGAAUCUGAGACAUCGGAUCCAGUCGAUGUUCAGACCAAGAAGUUACUCGACACCAACUCACUCGUCGAGGAGUUCAUGUUGUUAGCUAACAUCAGCGUCGCGGCGAAGAACUACGAAGCAUUCCCUCAAACCGCCCUCCUACGUCGCCACGCUCCACCACCUAAGACAAACUUCGAAGAGCUAGACAACCAGCUCAAAGUAAAAAUGGGAAUGGAGCUCAAGACUGAUAGCUCUAAAGCCCUAGCCGACUCGCUCGACAAAUGUGUCGAUCCCAACAAUCCCUUCUUCAAUACGCUUGUCAGAAUCAUGGCAACGCGUUGUAUGAUGUCUGCCGAGUACUUCUGCGCCGGCACACAAGCAUACCCGGAGUUCAGGCAUUACGGUCUCGCCAGCGAAAUCUACACGCACUUUACGUCUCCCAUCCGCCGAUACGCCGAUCUUGAAGCACAUCGCCAGCUCGCCGCUGCUAUCGAGUACGAACAGCUCGACCCGAGCCUACAGUCCAAAGGCAAACUCGAGGCCGUUUGUAAGAACAUCAACGUGCGCCAUCGUAAUGCGCAAAUGGCUGGUCGCGCUUCGAUCGAGUACUACGUCGGCCAAGCGCUCAAGGGCAAGGACAUGAAGGAAGAAGGCUUCAUCAUGAAGAUCUUCUCCAAUGGCUUCGUUGUGUUUGUCCCAAGGUUCGGUAUCGAGAGCUUGAUCCGACUAAGGGAUUUGGCCACGCCGGAGCCGGAAGCUGAUUUUGAUGCUGAGAAUUACAGGCUGAGUAUCAAAGGUGAUGUAAAGAGGAGUAUUGAGCUGUUUGAGAAGGUUACAGUGAGGAUUACUGAUGAGCUUGAGGAUAGCACGGGGAAGAGAAAGGUGCGCUUGAGCUUGGUCUAGAGGAAAGGAACCAUCACUGUUGCUACGGGCUUUCGCUCGGCUUCGUGAAAACGUAGAGUAAAGUAUACCAUUUCAGAAUCGUGCAAGUUGAGACUUCUCAUGUCCAUAUAAUGGCCCAAAGGUUCUUAUGGUGAUAUCCCCUUCGAAGAGCGGUGCAUACGCCUGUGAACUUUUAGAAUGAUCGAUGGCUGACAGUUGAAACUGCC